AUGAAUGGGAAUGUACGCCAACGCAGCAAAAGUGUCAAAGAUGUUAGUUCGGGCACUAGAUCGCUCGUGUCGGAUUUCGUAUCCCGGUGGAAGACUGGGCGCAGUAAAGACGACAACCUAAACUCCGAUCACACAACUGGACCUACGGAACGACCCGAUCUCAGUAUGACCCAAAGCCAAACCAACAUCACCGGCUUAUAUCAUCGCCAGGACUCCAACGAGUGCUUCAGAGAUCGUAUGUCAGCUCUGGGCACGAGAUGUGUGGCGCAUGUGUAG